UCUCUAUGUUGGUCAGGCUGGUCUCGAACUCCCGACCUCCGGUGAUCCGCCCGCCUCGACGUCCCAAACUGCUGGGAUUACAGGCGUGAACCACCGCGCCCGGCUCAGGAGAUUUCCUACAGCUCAAAAUUUGUAAGGCAAAGAGAUGGCAACAAACCUUGUGAGAGUGGAGAGCGACCUCGGCUCUCUUAGUCCCGCCUGGCCCACUAGACACUGCACUGCAUGGUAGAGGCCCCGCCCGACCCAGCCCCUUAAUCGGCCUGUUGCAAUCACUAUCAACCCGCCAAUUCUGGCCCCGCCCCUGUCUUCCGGGUUCUCUCACUUCCUGCCGGUCCCAGGCUCAGGCCCCUCCUCCGUCUUGUUUGGAGCAAUCCAAUCGAACCUGGAGGGCUCCGCUCCGCCCUAUGCCGCGCUCCCCUCCUCCAGGAGCAAUCAGAAUCAGCUCAGGCCCCGCCCCCGCUUCCGCCCGCCUAGACCACGCCCCUUCGUUUGGCCAAUCAGGCAGUCCACUUGCCCCCGCCCCUUAAUGCCCCGCCCCCGUCAGCACUUAUCCCUGAGCUGCUUCUGCCGUUGCAUCUUCAGGACUCCGCCCCGCGCGCAGACGUGCAGCCAUGGCAGUCACCGCCCAGGCAGCCCGCAGGAAGGAGCGCGUCCUCUGCCUGUUUGACGUGGACGGGACCCUCACGCCGGCUCGCCAGUCAUUGAGAAGUUUGAUUAUGUGUUUGCCGAGAACGGGACGGUGCAGUAUAAGCACGGACGACUGCUCUCCAAGCAGUGGAACCUUCAUCGAGUUCCGGAAUGGCAUGCUGAACAUCUCGCCCAUCGGCCGGAGCUGCACCCUGGAGGAGAGGAUCGAGUUCUCCGAACUGGACAAGAAAGAGAAGAUCCGGGAGAAGUUCGUGGAAGCCCUGAAAACAGAGUUUGCUGGCAAAGGGCUGAGGUUCUCUCGAGGAGGCAUGAUCAGCUUUGACGUCUUCCCCGAGGGCUGGGACAAGCGCUACUGCCUGGAUAGCCUGGACCAGGACAGCUUCGACACCAUCCACUUCUUUGGGAACGAGACCAGCCCUGUGAGUGUGGCCCACCCCAGGUUUCCCCCAACGCAGUGGACAGUGAGAAGCCAGGUCUGGUGGCUUCUCCAACGCACAUCACCUGAGGUCAAGGCCAGAACAUGGGGCAACACAACAGACCUCUUGGGGGGCUCCUGGAGAACAACCAUUGCUCACCAGCCCUGUUACACAGAUUGGAAAGCUGGGGCCCCAAGAGGGCUGGGCACUUGUUCUACAUCACACAGCAAGUCAGGGCAGGUCUGACAAAGGGUGAGAAGGUGGGCUUCCUGGCAGUUCUGAAGGGGCAAGAGGAGGGGCAGGUCCAUAGCAGCCAAUGUGGAGAGGGACUCCACCUAAAUAUCCCUCCUCUGCCCGUCCUCUGUGUGCAGGGUGGGAACGACUUUGAGAUCUUUGCCGACCCCCGGACUGUUGGCCACAGCGUGGUGUCUCCUCAGGACACGGUGCAGCGAUGCCGGGAGAUUUUCUUCCCAGAGACAGCCCAUGAGGCGUGACCGGGGCCCACAUCUGUGUGUGGUGACUUCUGAAGAGUUUGGCCUAGGCCUAAAGAGAGGUCCUGGUGUUGGAUAGAUGCCAGGGCCCCUCCUCUGGCCCAGGACGCCUGCUGCAAGCCCACCCAGAUGGGGCCAGAGUCUGUGUGGACAACCGUCCCCAGCCAGUCUGCUCUUAGUGGCACUGGCUUCGUCCUCCCAGGGCCCAGAGUGUUCCCUGUGCUCCACCUGGUGGCCCAGGCCACAGCUGCUGCUUGUAUUUCGGUACAGAAGAGGUUUCUUUCUGCACCAGGAGGAGGCGUGCGCAAGUGUCGGUAUGAGAUCUAGCCUGCCCUGCCUGCCUGCCCUGGGCGAUGAGGUACAGUGGGGAAGGUGGCUAUUUUAGAGAACUUUGUCACAGUAUUAAAGUUCCCAGAACAAA